GCACACACAGGUAGGCCUAAUGGUGACGAAAGAGGUGGAGGGAAUGGGGAGCGGUUUUUCAGUGUCGGCACUGAUGUGGCCAUCCUUUGAGAGCGAGAGGAGAAGCCGAGUGGAAGAGAUGUGCUUCGCCAGCAAAAAAAAAAAGAAAAGAAAAAAAAAACAGAAAGCAUCUGGCGCUGAAGUGCAGUUUCAGCAGAGAGCUGGUGGCAUUCAGAGAAGUUCGGUGUGCAUCACAGAAACGUAUGAGGGCAGCUUAUCUGGCAGGCGCACACACACACACACACACACACACACACACAGAGCAGGCUGAUAGUGCUGACAGCAGGGAAGCAUUGCUGCUGUCUCUCUCUCUGUGUGUAGUUACUCUGCUGAGGCUUCAGGGUGGCCUUGCCUUGCCGUGUACCUUAGAGACUGGUUAGCUAGACAUCUCCUUGUCUCUGUGCGAGUGUGUGUGUGUGUGUGUGUGUGUGUGGCACUUGGAGACUGAUGGAGGGUCCUGGCUGCAGGCUGCUCCGGCUCGCUUGUGUCACACUCGCUAUGACAGCCAACUGUGCUGCAGUGACAGCAUCCACUCAGGCCGUCACGACUAUCACGCCAACCACGCCAACCACAACUGCUGAUACGCAGCGCGCUCCAUACAGCUCACGUGUGGCCGCCGUGCUGGCGCCGUGUCUGGUUGGCUUGGCGAUAGUGGUGAUGCUGGGGCUGGCGCUGGCCGUCGCCAAACUGCGAGAGAGGCGGCAGACGGAGGGAGGUUUCAGUCCGCGGCAACUUGAGGCUCCUGGUGGUCGCAACCCACCUGCCGAGCUGGGAAACACAUCCAUCAGCACUUUGGCAGAGCGCGUGGAGCGCCUGGUGUAGUGCAACGUAGUGAGGAGAGGAGAAGUGUGUGUGUGUGUGUGUGUGUGUGUGUGUGUGUGUGUGUGUGUGUGUGAGAGAGAGAGAGAGAGAGAGAAAUAAACAAUAUAUCAUGUGUGGGAGCUUCUUCAAACCAAACAUUUGCUUUGAGUUUCUGGUAUGCACCUGUAUUCUGAUUCUGGUUGUUUCCCUCCGUCCUCUUCCAGCU